CUUGAACGGUAAGAUGAGACCUAUACACUCAGUCAUCUGUUAGGACGUGACAUGGAAGAGAGGAAGGGAAGAUCGAAAUGCCCCCUGUUGGCAACUACAAAGAGACAUGUUUUUGCAACAGAGUCUGGCAGCCGUGCCAAAGUGACGGCCACCACCCUCUCCCAAGUCAAAACCCUGAACUCCUGCAGCAUUCCCCCUGUGGGAUCGUUCCUGUUUAUGGGGACUCCCACAAAUACUGCUUGGCACCAAGAUUGGGACUUUGCAUUCGGAGAGAGGGGCCUGUGGUUUUCCAUGGUGUGGCUGGAUACGUGUCCGUGGGGCUGUGGGUCCAGGAGCAGCCAGGACCAGAAGCGGGAUGGGCAGAGCCCUGGGAGGUGGGAGCUCGUUCUUGGGAGUUGCACGAGGCACAAAAAUUCCAGAGCAUGUCUCCGCCUCAGCCCCUUCAGGAUAUCCUGUCAUUCAACCAAGACAUAUAUAGAGUCGAGAGUGGCCAAUUUCACCACGACCCCUGAAUUGGCCAUUUUUCCUGUCUCGAGGCAGUUCUCACAUAUCAUCUGCUUCAAUCCAGGAAAAAGAGGGGGAAGGAUUUGAAAGCAAACACUGAAAUGAAAGAGAAUUCGCUAGGAGUUCAUCAGACUAGGUUAGAAUAGCUGAAUAGUUCCGACAGGUGCCUGGAGCCAGAAGGAGCAAAUAUUUUCUCACUAUGCUACAAAAGUUCAUGCUUUUUCUUCUUGGAUUGGUGGUACAAAAUUUCUGCUCCCCGCCUGAAACUACAGAGCAGGCAAAAAGGUGUGAUAAGACAUCUCUGCUUACAAUUAGGACUGAGUGCCGAUCCUGCUUGCUCAACUUAGAAAUUAAUUGCCCAGAUGGUUACACAAAGGUUACCAAUGGCUCCGUAGGGGUUCGAGAUUGCAGGUACACCUUUGAAAUCAGGAAGUAUUCGCUGUCUCUCCCUGGAUGCCGCCAUAUCUGUAGGAAGGACUAUGUCCAACCUCAGUGCUGUCCAGGCCAUUGGGGCCCAGACUGCAUGGAGUGCCCAGGAGGCGCCCAGUCCCCCUGCAACGGCAGGGGCAGUUGUGCAGAAGGCAUGAAAGGAAACGGAAGCUGCUCCUGCCAGGACGGGUUUGGGGGAGCGGCCUGUGAAACCUGCACGGAUGACAAUGUAUUUGGACCCAGCUGCUCAGCAGUGUGCAGCUGUGUGCACGGCGUAUGCAAUGGUGGGGUGGACGGUGACGGAAGCUGCGAGUGCUACUCCGGGUACACUGGCCCCAGCUGCGACAAGGCCAUCCCUGAAUGUGCAGACUUGCUCUGCCCAGAAAAUUCCAGAUGCUCACCUUCCAGCCAAGAUGAAACAAAACUAGUAUGCAAAUGCCUUCCCAAUUACCAAGGCGAUGGCCAAUACUGUGAACCCAUCAAUCCAUGUUUAAAAGAAAUAUGCCAUCCUCACGCUCUUUGCACGUACGAGGGACCGAAUCGGCACACUUGCACAUGCCAAGAAGGCUACCACGGGGAUGGCCGAGUGUGCUUACCAGUGGACCCCUGCCAGACGAACUAUGGAAACUGCUCUGCAAAGUCUACAGUGUGCAUAUAUGACGGUCCUGGACAGUCUCACUGUGAGUGUAAGAAACAUUACCGCGAUUACGUGCCCGGAGUGGGGUGCAGUGUGAUCGAUGUCUGUAAACUCAAUAACCCCUGUCACAGGAAUGCUAACUGCACUACCAUUGCACCAGGCCAAACCAAAUGCACUUGCCGGAAAGGUUACAUGGGUGACGGCUCGACGUGUUAUGGAAACAUCAUGGAGCGACUCAGAGAAUUAAACACUGAACCCAGAGGAAAAUGGCAAGGAAGGCUGACCUCUUUCAUCUCGCUCCUGGACAAAGCCUAUGCCUGGCCAUUAAGUAACCUGGGACCAUUCACUGUGCUGUUGCCCACAGACAAGGGACUAAGAGGAUUCAGUGUAAAAGAGCUCUUGAUGGAUAAAGAGUCUGCUCAGUACUUUGUGAAACUCCAUGUAAUUGCUGGGCAGAUGAACACUGAGAGUAUGAAUAACACAGACACCUUCUAUACCUUGACUGGAAAGUCGGGAGAAAUCUUCAAUGACGAUAAGGACAAUCAAAUAAAGCUUAAACUCUAUGGAGGCAAAAAGAAGGCAAAAAUUAUACAAGGGAACAUAGUUGCUUCCAAUGGGCUCCUGCACAUCCUCGACAGAGCCAUGGAUAAGAUGGCACCCACGUUUGAGAGCAACACUGAGAAAACCAUAAUGACAAUGUUACAACCAAGAUACAGCAAGUUCAGAUCUUUGCUAGAGGAAACCAAUGUGGGACAUGCUUUAGAUGAAGACGGGGCUGGUGGACCAUACACCAUUUUUGUUCCAAGCAAUGAAGCAUUAGUUAAUAUGAAGGAUGGCACUCUUGAUUACCUCCUUUCUCCAGAGGGAUCUCGGAAGCUUCUGGAACUCGUCAGAUACCACAUUGUCCCAUUUACUCAGCUUGAAGUGGCCACUCUCAUUUCGACCCCACACAUUAGGAGCAUGGCCAACCAGAUCAUACAGUUCAACACAACCAACAACGGACAGAUUCUGGCAAAUGGUGUAGCAAUGGAAGACACUGAAGUCACUGCCAAAAAUGGUCGAAUCUACACCCUGACUGGAGUUCUUGUUCCUCCCUCCAUUGUGCCCAUUCUGCCUCACCGAUGUGAUGAAACCAAGAGAGAGAUGAAAUUGGGCACCUGUGUGAGCUGUUCCCUGGUGUAUUGGAGCAAAUGUCCUGCUAAUUCUGAGCGCACAACGCUCUUCACACACAGAUGUGUCUACACUGGCAGAAUAAGGAGCCUGAAGAGCGGCUGUGCCAGAUACUGUAAUGCCACUGUGAAGAUACCAAAGUGCUGCAAAGGCUUCUACGGGCCGGACUGCAACCAGUGUCCAGGAGGCUUCUCGAAUCCGUGCUCUGGGAACGGCCAGUGCGCAGAUGGCCUCGAUGGCAACGGGACGUGCAUUUGCCAGGACGGCUUCCAAGGCUCCCAGUGCCAGUUCUGCUCCGACCCCAAUAAAUAUGGACCCCGGUGUGACAAAAAAUGUCUGUGCAUUUACGGAACAUGCAAUAACAGGAUCGACAGUGACGGGGCCUGCCUGGCCGGCACGUGCAGAGAAGGCUCCACAGGGACGUUCUGCCACAAGCAGACCUCCACCUGCGGGCCCUACGUACAGUCCUGUCAUAUCCACGCCACCUGUGAAUACAGCAAUGGGACGGCAAGCUGUGUUUGCAAAGCAGGAUACGAAGGGGACGGAAGCCUCUGUUCAGAGACGGACCCUUGCGCAGGAUUCACCCCGGGGGGCUGCAGCCACAAUGCAGAAUGCAUCAAAACCGGCCCGGGGACCCACACAUGCGUGUGCCAGGAGGGAUGGACCGGGGAUGGCAGAGACUGCUCGGAGAUCAACAACUGCCUGUUGCCCGGCACCGGUGGCUGCCACAUCAAUGCAACCUGUUUGUAUGUGGGCCCCGGGCAGAAUGAGUGUGAAUGCAAGGAAGGAUUUCGAGGCAAUGGGAUUGAUUGCGAAGAAAUCACUUCGUGCUUGGAACAAACCGGGAAAUGUCAUCCACUGGCAACCUGUCAGUUUACUUCUUCUGGCGUCUGGAGCUGUGUUUGCCAAGAGGGCUAUGACGGAGAUGGCCUUCUGUGCUAUGGAAAUGCAGCCGUGGAGUUGUCAUUUCUCUCUGCGGCAGCUAUAUUUAAUCAGUGGAUAAAUAAUGCUUCUCUACAAGCCAUGCUGUCAGCCGCCUCAAACCUCACUGUCCUCGUGCCCUCCCCGCAAGCUAUUGAGAACAUGGACCAAGAUGAAAAAGCCUUUUGGUUGUCCAAGAGCAAUAUUCCAGCCCUAAUAAAGUAGGUAUUAUGUAUUUAAUU